AUGUUUGUGAAUUGUCUUGUAGAAGGGAAAAUUCCAGUUAAAGCAUUAAUUAAUACAUCCUCAAAGUUUAAUACUAUUAGCAAGAAGUUAUUCGACAGCCUUGGUGAAGAAUAUGGUAUAGGGUUUGUAUCUGUUGGUGCUGAAAAAAUCUAUAAAGAUGCAAUAGGUGAAAUAAAAUGCUUAGAUUUGCAAUUUCAGUAUAACGGAAAGUGGCAAAGCUUAGAUGGUACUGAAGUAAUAGACUUUCAAAUUCGCAAAAAUCCAUCAUUCGAUCUAGUGUUAGGACAAGAUUGGUUAUGGGUGCGUGAAGCAAAAAUAAGCUUCGAAUUUUCUUCUAAAACCUGUGAACACCGUGCUAAAAUUGUAAUAGAUGGUAUGAGUAUCCCAUUAACCGAUGAAGAUUUUAACAAAGCCAACUCCACUAAAAAUAACUCACCUGAGUCCGAUAUAACUCUGGAUGAACUUGUGGAUAUGUUCAAGAAAUUAUCUCUCAGAAGCAAGGAUAAUAAGCAACGGAAGAGGUAUCACAGCAACAUAUCUCCUGUAUCUCCAACACCCGGAAGAUUAAAUGAUGAUGUUUCCAAAAAUAGCGGAGCUAGCAAGAUUAAGAAAUAUCCUAAAGUAGAUUUAGGUGAUGGGUGUGGAAACCUUUCAAUUAAAACGCACCUCAAUAAUAUUUGGAAGUCGAUUCAUUCUAUAGAAGAUGAUAUAUAUUAUGGGAUUUUUAAAAGACUUUCCAAUAUUGAGAAUGAACUGAGUCUUAAUUCACGUAUAUGCCUUACUAAUCGAUGUAUCACUGAAAUAGCGCGUUCUUGUCCAAAACUUAGACAUCUUGAGCUUGGCAACUGUUCAAUUGAAAAACUCAUAGAAGGAAAAAUCCCAGUUAAAGCGUUAAUUGAUACAACAUCUAAAUCCAAUACUAUUAGCAAGAGCUUGUUCAAUAAGCUUGAAGAAGAUUAUGGAAUAUGUGAUCCUGUUGAGAAUCUCUAUGGAAAUGUAAUAGGUGAAAUAAAAUGUUUAGAUUUGCAAUUUUGCUAUAAAGGAAAGUGGCAAAGCUUAGAUUGUACUGAAGUAAUAGACUUUCAAAUUCGCAAAAAUCCAUCAUUUGAUCUAGUGUUAGGACAAGAUUGGUUAUGGAUGCGUGAAGCAAAAAUAAGCUUUGGAUUUUCUCCUAAAAUUAUAAUAGAUGGUAUGAGCAUCCCAUUAAUCGAUGAAGAUUUUAACAAAGCCAGCUCUAGUAAAAAUAACUCAUCUAAUUCAAUAGAUUCAGAUACUUCUUCCAAUUUAGAUACUCCAGACUCAAGUGCUUUUUCCAGUUCAGGAAUAGAAGUUAUACAUGCGGUAAAGAAACGCCCUAUUCGAAAGCAUAAAGUAAAAAAAGUAAAUAUAGUAAAAAUAAUUUCUGGAAGCAGAGCCUCGAGCCUUUGA